AUGCCAAUGUUUUUGAUAGGGAGAGCAGCCACGAAGCUUUGCCCACGCCUUACAUGUAGACGGCUCCGCCUCUCGCUCAAGGGGCUCCUCUGUUUCCAGCUCUCGUCCCCUCCCCCACACUUAUACGUUAGGAACGUCGAAACUAUUUUUGGUCGAAGUUGA